AUGGUCAAGAAUUUCAUCCUUGUGGGUUUCACAGAUGGCGGGAAGUUGCAGAUCUUUGUGGUUUUCCUUGUCAUCUACACCUCAGUUAUAAUUGGAAAUUUAGUGAUUGUCACCAUCAGCGUCGUGGACCGUGGGCUCCGUGUGCCCAUGUAUUACUUUAUUUGGAACUUUUCACUCUUGGAAAUUGCAAUGCCAUUUGACAGAUAUGGAGCCAUCUGCUACCUCUUGUCUUACUCCACCAUAAUGAGCAAUGGGCUUUGUAGCUUAUUAGUGCUUGGUUCAUGGGGGCUGAAUUUUGCACUUCUAAUUGGCCCAUCAAUUGUUGUCUUCCAGUUACCCUUUUGUAACCAAAACGUUAACCAUUUCUUCUGGGACAGUGCACCUUUGGUAAAACUUUCCUGCACAGAAACAACCUGUCCUAGUUCUUGUUAA